GCACUUGCGCAGUUCAGCAGUCCAUCAAUCAAUAAAAUAAUUUCAGUUCGCUGCAGCGAUAAGGUGUCGGGCUGUCUCGGCGUUCACUUCAAAGCUCCGGAGAAAAACUUAUCGUCACGCGAGUACCUGUUGAGUGUGAGUCUAAGAAAAGAUUAGCGCAAUGAAUUCAGAUGAGCUAAACGAUCGGAAGCAGAAGCUCAACAACAUCAUUAAGAAGAUCACCGAGAGUCAGCUCCUGAAGAUUCGGGAGGCAGACUCCAAUGUCCGCACUGUCCGCCCCGACUGCAAGUUCACCAUGAACCCUCAAGAACGAGAUAACGAGAUGCACAAGGCGAUGUCUACGAAGAUGAUCAAUGACAAAGAGCUGUGUCACUUCGCGACGAGCAGCGUGUCCACAUUCAAGAGUGAGGUGGGCACGUCCGAGCUGCCGAGCGCGCUGCCCAAGCCGGUGGGGCCGGGCGUCCCGCUGUAGCUCGCGCAGACACUGAAGCUGCUCAUCAAACAUGACGCUUCAGUACCCCGCACCGACGACAACUAAAUAUUCCUACAACUUUGAACACCUGCCCCCAGCGAUGUAUUCCAUCUUUGUGUAAUGUUGUAGUUUAUUGUGCGUCCCCCCAAAUGUCCUUAGCUUGACCAACACCGUUGGAAGGAAGUUUAAAUUAGGUCUUUAGACUACAGAUGCUCUGAUUUAGAUUCUCUUUGGGCUUCACAGUUCUAUUUUGCCGUCGCAACUUAUCAAGAUCACUAAACUCAAUAAUAUUAACGAAAUUGUUACAACAAUACAGCGGUUCUGGUCAGGCUACAUAUAGUACGGUUCUCUGGUAGCUAAUUAAGUCAAGCCAUUGUUAAUGUUAUGGCAUAUCCCCAUUUGUUGUGAAUCAUUCAUCCUUUGUGUGAAUGUCAAACGUUCUAUCAAAAGCUUGCUAAAAUUGUAUUCUUUUUUCAUAGUGCCAUUCAGAAUUAGUAGAAAAGAAGUAGCGUCACAAUGACUAGCAAAGCCCACAAAAGUGGUGUGUUUGUUUUCUAAAAGCUGAGCAAGAUAUAUGAUAAGCGCCCCGCGAUGGCCCAAGACAAGCUUCUUUGCAGUUUUUACAGUAGGGCUCGCUGUUAAAAGUAACCUUUUAUUUCAUUGCGCGACCCCAUGGUAUCUCUGUGUUCAGUGAUUACCCAAAUGUACUAGAAAACUGAUAUCUGAUAACUGAAAAGAUAUUAUAAUUUAGGCACAGUACCUAUGUCAUACUUUUUUUUUGAUAUUUCGAAUACUAUGCUUGCACUAAGAGGUUACUAAACAUAAGCUUUAUUCAGUCCUGUUAUUUCGUUUCAGGCAAUUUUUCUGAUAUUUCUGGCGUUGAGAGCGUAAACAGGGAUUAACUAUCAAAAUUAGAAACUAUGUUUAGACUCAAUCAUUUCAAAGCUUUGCAUGCAAACAUCAUUAUAUGUGUAUCAACAUAUCCAUCGACUGAGUUUUAUUAGUAUUGUGAUACAUAUCAUUGAAACCGAUAUGUGUAUAACCGAUUGAAAUUACAGGCCAUUAAUUUAAUUCUUAUAAACUAAAGAUGAACAAUUCCAUACACAUUAAUGAUGUUUGUAUGCUGCAUGUCCAAGAAACUUGCAGACAUAACUAUUUAAAUAAAUCACUUUAUUUUAUUUUACAAGCGUUACGCUUUUGUUUACAUCAGGUUCAUAUAAGAUAUACAGCCUUACUUAUAAAAAUCAACAAAUCAUCUUCUAAGCAUUGUUUUAAGUAAUUACUACUUAAAGCCUUAAGUAGUGAUUAAAUUAUUUUGACCUAUAAACGUUGCUUAAGCAUGUCUUAAGUAAUGAACAGAUAAUGACAUAAAAACAUACUAAUUUCUCAACACUACCGGAAUGUUGGUAGCUUAAAAAAAUAUUUGUCAUGAACACGUUGUGUAAUGGCAACAAUGGCAUCCGUAAAAUAUAAAAUUAAAAAGUUGAACUGUCAAUAAACCGGAUAUGAAAAAUCAGCUGGUAAGAAUCCAGCCAUUUUGCUAAUUAGCGGGUUAAACAAGGGUGUGAGGCUACUUAAUUUGACAGCUCAUUUAAGACAUUGCUAAGAAAAUGAUUUAUUUCAGCCACGUUUAUAAGUAAGAUUUUUUCUUAAACACCCCUUAAGUAUAACUUAUUAUUUUAUAAGUAAGGCUGUUCUAGUAUUUCUCGGAGAUUAGUUCCUUGGUUAUAUCAAUAAGUUUCUUGUGAAUAUCUGUCACUCUAAAGACAUAACAAUCAGUGAUCGUUAGCUUCCUAUUCGAAUUAAGUGGAGAUUUUGAGACUGUUUUACAGUUUUCUAGUAGCAUAGGUAAUGUUUAGACUCGUAAGUGACGUCCAUUGUACUGUACUGAGCUUAUUUACAAUUAUUUGCACCACAGAAUUGUGUAAGAAUAUUGUUUUCGAAACUUUACGCUUAUUACGACCUAAAUUGUGAAUCCGUGACUGUGUUAAGCUAGGUUUACACUGCGAGAAAACUUGCGACACCACCAGAUGUAAAUACUGUUGAGACUUCUUCAUAAAUGUCGUUGUAGAUCUACCUACAUACAUACAUUUCGUAUACUAAAAGACCGUGGGAUUCCUUUCCC